AUGGCAAAAUUUAGACUUUUUCACUUAGCUAUACUCGUCGGGCUUCUAGGCGUACUUGUAUCCCUUUAUAGAGGGUCAACCAAGACCCAGCAUCCUCCUCCGGUCAUUGGGAAUAACAACACUGUCUUAUUCGCCGUCAAUGUUGAGUACGGCCUCUCCAAUGUCCAUCUCGCCACUAUAUUCUCCCUGUUGCAAAAUCAUCCGACAAUCAGCAUCCAUGUUGCAUCGUUUCCCAAGCUUGCUCCCAAGCUGGAGCGAGUGGCUAACUAUGCACGCAAAAACUACCCCGGCAUGCACGUUGUGAGGUUCCACGAGCUUCCCGGCCCUGAUUUGGUCACCGCCUCGAACAGGACAUCCAUCGAUCUAAUGCAACCGCCGGGUAUUUCGGGCAUGGACGCUCUAAUGAAGGACCUGCAGCGUUAUAUCGCGCCUUGGACAGAGUCAGACUAUUUACAGAUACAUGACUACUCAAGGGAUCUUAUCCGAGAUGUUGAUCCUGCCGUAAUUGUUCUUGACGGGAUGUUAUGGCCGGCGGUGGAUGCUGCGCGGGGCGAAAAGAGGUUGUAUGCAAUGCUGGCUCCAAAUAACCUAGCCGAUUUUUUCGGCAUGGAACAACCAUGGCUGGCCGGACUCUGGAAAUACCCCGUGCUGGGUUCUGGUUAUGAUUUUCCUGUCCCUUGGCGUGAUAUUCCUGCAAAUAUCUAUCAAGCAGCCCGCUUUGCCUAUAAUAUGUUCUUCAGCCCAAAGUUAGCUGCGAAGCGCAAAUAUCUCGUAGAAAACGGGGUUAAAGACCCCAUAGACUUCCUUGCUCCUCGUCAACCCUACAUGGGCUCUUUCAUCUUACAAGAAACACAGGGGGCUUCUUUGCCGGUUGACUACGUCCCGCCCAACAUCGUCAUGGCGGGACCUAUCUCCAUUUCAGUUGCCACUGCCGAAGAGCUGGAUCCUGAACUCACGGCGUGGCUGUCACGCGCACCAACUGUGCUGGUGAAUCUCGGCAGCAUCCUUGAAUACGAUGAAGAUCGAGCAGCGGCUAUGGCGGGCGCGUUGAAGAUCAUGCUGGAAAGGACAGGAGUGCAAGUUUUGUGGAAACUGCUUCCGCCCGCGGAUCGAGUUCUCGUCGAAGAUGCUUGGAGGCCUUUGGUGGAGGAGUUUAUACACAGUGACAGGCUAAGAGUUACGAAGUGGUUGUCUGUUGAACCAUUGGCGUUGCUGCAGACGGGUUACAUCGUUGUCUCUGUGCAUCAGGGAGGGGCAAGUUGCUACCACGAAGCUGUUCUGGCCGGCGUACCUCAUAUCGUCUUACCCGCGUGGGCAGACUUGUACAACUAUGCGUCACUCGCGGAGACAACUGAUAUUGGUGUUUGGGGUAACAGAAAAGCAGCUCCCGGGAUCUCAGCAGACGAACUAGGCAGCGCGUUUUUGAAGAUGGUCGAUGGUGGACCAGCCAGCUUGUCAAUGCGAGAAAAUGCGAAGCGGCUGGGCAAGAGUAUUGUCCGCCCGGGACGUGACAUUGCUGCUGACGAAGUUGCUAGACUAGCAGCAACUGGCUACUGA